GCCAUUCCACCCAAGAUCUCAGAAAGCAAGCCAAUAGCUAGAGGUUCCUUCGCUGUGCUGCUAGUGCUAGACGACGACAUAUAGAAGAAAUAUAUAUAGAGAAAGAGAGAAAAGAUGAGGCCGGAGAGAGUUGGAUCAGGUGGUGUUUGGGUGAAGCUCAUGGGCGGCGCCGGCGGGCCCCCGCCGAGCCCAUGGAGGACGCCGACACCCUACAUCUUCCUGGCGCUCUCCUUCAUGAUGGGCGUCGUCGCGGUGGCGCUCGCCGUGCUCAUCUGCAUGCGCAAGAAGCUGCCGUCGUCCUCGCCGCAGGGGGCCGACGAGAAGGCGGCGGCCGAGGCGGCGGCGGCGGCGCGGGCCCUCGACCCGCUGCACCGCGAGCCCAAGGUCGUUGUGUUCAUGCCAGGCGACCACGACGCACCGUCCUUCGUCGCCAGCGCCAAGCCGCUCGGCGGCGACGGCGCGGCGGCAGUGUAGCCUGGAGGGAUCGGAAACGGCGACUGACGACAUCGAGGGGCUACCCCGGCGGUGACGGCGCGGCGCGGUGGUAGUGUGUGUGUCUGUGCGCGCGCGCGUCGCGGACGCCGAGCCGGAGACACGCGGUCAAUUUUAUGAAUAGGUUUUUUUUGUCCCCUUCCCACAUGAGAAUCUGAGACUAUGAGGGGCGGCGCGCCUUUUGAAAUCAGCGAAAACGAAUGUUUGGUUUGGUUUGGUU